GUGGUCACCUUCGUUCAGAUUGGCGGCGGAAAGCAACCAGCUCGCAGACUUCAUCGGAGGCUUGGGUCCUGGUCAACUGGUCGGAAGGCAGGUUCUGGGAUCACCAAUCUAUGGGGACAUACAACUCUCGCUGUGUUUCCAGAAGGGAUGUCUUGAGGUGGAGGUGAUACGAGCCCGCGACUUACUGAACAUAUCGCAUACAGCAAUUUUACCGUUGCCUUUUGUCAAAGUAUUUAUUGUGAAUGGAAAACGAGUUUUAGAUAAAGGAAAAACAGGACAUGCUCGACGUACUCUCGAUCCGCUUUUCCAGCAACAUCUCACUUUUCGGAAAGGUCUGCAAGGAAGCAUCAUGCAGGUCACAGUUUGGGGUGAUCACAGCAGAAACAAACGUGAUUUUAUGGGUGUCGCUCAGAUUCUUCUCGAUGAUCUGAAUUUGUCCAAUAUUGUCAUCGGAUGGUACAGAUUAUUUGGCACUUCGUCCUUGUACCAUUUUGUUGAGUGACCGUCAUAACAUAAAGAAAAGUUUAUGAAAAUCCCGUUCCCGAUCCGCG